GAUAUAUCAGCACCUUAAAGAAGAAAAAGAAAAUCUCAGAAGGACUCCCAAAUCCUACUUAUGCUGCAAUAAUUCUGUCUCCGCAAGCACCCGGCUUUACCCCAAGGAAGAAGAUCCAGCCUUUCAAUUAGCAAGAAUCUCUUGCGCAUUUAUUUUGUUUCAGAUCUGAAAUUUGGGGAAUAACAUGAAGUUCCAGCUGUGGGUAUCUAUAGGAAUACUUCUGGUUUCACUCCUCCCCUGCUAUGAGUGCAGAGCUUUCAGUAAGUCUUCAGCAUCUUCUGCCGGAGUCCCCCCGCCUCUCUUACCUGAGUACCAGCCCUUUUUACUUCGCAUGGGAGAAGAAUAUUUCCUGCGUCUGGGCAAUUUGCACAAGUACUCCCCGAGCUUGCUUGGAGGAAGUCGGCUACCUGAGUCUUUGGCCGGUAACUUUGUCAGAGACGUGCAACAGCUGCAGCCGACGCAAUGGAACGGCCAGCAGGGGCUUGGGGCUUCGGAUAGAGCAGAAAGUCCAUACAGCAGCCAGGAGGAAGCCACGGAAAGGGGAAAACGAGCAGAAGAGCCUCCGAUUUCCUUGGAUCUGACUUUCCACUUGCUCAGAGAAGUCCUAGAAAUGGCCAGAGCCGAGCAGAUAGCCCAGCAAGCCCACAGCAACAGAAAACUGAUGGACAUCAUUGGGAAAUAAUAUAUACUCUUGCACCAAAGAGAUUUUUUUCCCCUGCAUUUAGCACAAACUAUACAGUAUUAUGUACCAUAGUGCUGCCCUGAUACCAUUUGUUUAUUUUUAUAUAGCUUCAGACCUAGAGGAUGCACAUAUUAACCCUUUUUGGCUGUCCGGAAGGGGGAAAUACAUUUUACAUAGCAAUGUGUAGCUAACCCCCUGGCAACAUGGGGGGGGGAGGGGGGUAACAGCCUAUAUCUGUUCGUCAGCAUGCACGGGGUGUAUUUGACUGCAGUAAAAAACAAAAAAUUAAAAAAA